GUAACUCUGUUAUUUUCUUCUCCUCCUCCUCCUUUAUUCACUCAUUCUCCGUAUUGGAUACACCACAGUAUGGGUGACGCAUCUGAGAUUCAUCCAAUGGACUUGGAGGUUUCAGAGGAAUCUACGGUGAAACAGGUUCAGAUGACGGUUCCAACAACGGACGAUCCCACCAUACCCUCAGUCACAUUCCGGACAUGGGUUCUGGGUCUCGCUGCCUGCAUCAUCUUGUCUUUUGUCAAUCAAUUCUUCUGGUACCGUAACAAUCCCUUGAAUGUCUCAGCCAUUUCUGCCAUGAUUGCUGUCGUACCCCUCGGUCACCUCAUGGCCAAAACGCUUCCUGAGCGGCCCUUCUUUAAGGGUACCAGAUGGGAAUUCACUCUCAAUCCGGGUCCCUUCAACAUUAAAGAACAUGUUCUGAUCACCAUCUUCGCCAACUCCGGUGCCGGCACUGUUUAUGCCACUCAUAUCUUGAGUGCAGUUAGGCUGUUUUACAAGCGGUCUCUCGGCUUUGUUCCUUCCCUCAUUGUUAUGGCUACAACACAGAUAUUGGGGUUUGGAUGGGCUGGGGUUUUCCGCAAAUACCUGGUGGAGCCAGGGGAGAUGUGGUGGCCAAGUAAUCUGGUUAUGGUUUCACUUUUCAGGGCCCUUCAUGAGAAGGAAAAGAGGCCAAGAGGUGGAACUACACUGAACCAAUUCUUCCUUAUCGUCAUGAUGUGUAGCUUCGCCUACUUCAUCUUUCCUGGAUACCUAGUAAUCGUUUUAACGUCUUUGUCUUGGGUUUGUUGGCUGGCACCCAAGUCCGUCCUGGUCCAGCAACUCGGCUCAGGCUCUUUUGGCCUGGGAAUUGGCUCCAUUGGGAUUGACUGGAGUACAAUCUCAUCUUUCCUUGGGAGUCCUAUGGCUAGCCCGUGGUUCGCCACUGUCAAUGUUGCUGUUGGAUUUUUCCUUGUGAUGUACGUAACGACUCCCCUUACGUACUGGUUUAACGUCUACAAGGCCAAGACCUUUCCCAUUUUCUCCAACAAGCUUUUCAUGGGAAAUGGGGAGAAGUAUGACAUCUUAAGCAUUGUUGAUUCCAACUUUCAUCUAGAUAGGGAUGCCUAUGCAAAGAGUGGACACUUAUAUAUGAGCACCUUCUUUGCCAUGACUUAUGGCUUCGGAUUUGCAACACUCACUGCUACAAUUGUCCAUGUACUUCUUUUUGAUGGAAGGGAGCUAUGGAAUAAAACCAAGGGAGCUUUUUCGGGAAACGCAAAGAUGGAUAUCCACACAAGGCUAAUGAAGAAGUAUAAAUCAGUUCCUACAUGGUGGUUUCAUCUCAUCCUUGUGCUGAAUAUUGCCCUUAUAAUAUUUACCUGUGAACAUUACAAAUAUUCCCUGCAAUUGCCUUGGUGGGGCGUCUUGUUAGCUUGUGGAAUUGCCAUUUUCUUCACCCUCCCUAUUGGCGUCAUCUGUGCUACCACAAAUCAGCAACCAGGUUUGAACAUCAUCACAGAAUAUGUAAUUGGGUACAUGUACCCAGAACGCCCUGUUGCUAAUAUGUGCUUCAAGGUGUAUGGAUAUAUCAGCAUGACUCAAGCUCUGACCUUCCUUAUGGACUUCAAGCUCGGCCACUACAUGAAAAUCCCUCCUAGGUCCAUGUUCAUGGCACAGGUUGUGGGAACAAUUGUGGCAGUGGUAGUGUAUACCAUAACGGCAUGGUGGCUGAUGGAAGAAAUUCCUCAUCUAUGUGACACCUCCUUGUUACCGCCGGAAAGUCCUUGGAAAUGCCCCGCUGACACCGUAUUCUUCGACGCCUCAGUCAUCUGGGGACUCGUAGGACCACGCCGAAUCUUCGGAGACCUUGGCGUAUACGCAAAGAUCAACUGGUUCUUCCUUGGUGGAGCCAUAGCACCAUUCCUGGUCUGGCUUGCACACAAAAUGUUCCCAAACCAGAACUGGAUCCGCAGCAUUCACAUUCCAGUACUCUUCGGCGCCACAGCCAUUAUGCCUCCAGCCUCCCCCGUGAACUUCACCAGCUGGCUUGUGGUUGCUUUCAUUUUCGGGUAUGUCAUUUUCAAUUACGUCCCAGAAUGGUGGAAGAGGUACAAUUACAUCCUCUCCGGGGGACUUGAUGCUGGGACAGCGUUCGCAACAGUGCUGUUUUUUCUGACUCUGCAAUCAAAGGAGAUUGGACUGAAUUGGUGGGGAAAUGAAGGAGAUGGUUGCCCCCUGGCUUCUUGUCCAACCGCAAAAGGAGUUAUUGUUGAUGGCUGCCCAGUCGUCUGAUUGAAAUUAUAUAACUAUUUUUUUUUUUUUUGUUUUUUUAACAACUAAUUAAGUUUAUUUUGAGUUUAUUCCAUUUAUUCUCCAGAUCCAUGUAGAUAGUCUUCCUUUUUUCCUGUUUGUUUUCUGUUUGAUCUAGAUCUCAUUUGCAAUUUUUUUGACGUUGGAGUUUGUUCU